CCUGCCUGCGGUUGCUUUAUCAGAGCAGUGGGUUCACACUUCACCCUGGGUAUAAAGCAACUGAGUGAGCUCCUCUCUCACACACAGGCACGCACACACCAAAUAUGCUCAGAAUGACACGGACCAGCACAGCGUUUGGCAUUUUACUCUUUUUUCUUCUUCACACCACUUCUGGAGAAAGUGGUUCUACCUCAGAAGAUGAGUCUGAUGAUGAAUUAGAGAACAUUGAUGUUGAGUGUUUCAGCCAGCUGGAAAUUAAGGAAGACUGUCACUCCCUAACAUGCAACUUUACGGAGUUGGACCUUAACAAUACUAACAGUAACCUUACAAUAUGCAGCACCAUCAUUGAAAAGCGAAUAUGUUCGACUAUGGAGAAACAGGAAGGCACAUAUUUUUUAUAUUUCUAUGGAAUCCUCUCACCUAAGGAUGUUUGUGUGGUCCUUGAGUCAAACAGACCGUACUGCAGGAGUGUGGAAGUAACCCAUAUUGUUAAGCCUGAGACUCCAUUUGGCAUAAAUAUCACAUUCCGAAAGGAUGCAAAUGAGUAUUUUAUUCGAUACAAGACCCCGCAUUCAAAGAAGAAAUAUCUAAAGGACAAAUUAAUACACGAACUAGCCUAUCGGCAGGAAAACGGGACUUGGGAAACAAUACAUUCUCAAUAUCUUCGGGUAAAGUUACUGGGGAAAAGCCUUCAGAUGGGUGCAAGUUAUGAAGUGAAAGUGCGAUCAAAGCCCAAUGGAAAGUAUUUCAAGGGUAUCUGGAGUGAAUGGAGCUCCUCCGAAUACUUCCAAAGUGCAGCGGAACACCCCAUAAAGAAAAGCACUGACAUGGUUGUGGUUAUAACUACUGUGGGCUUCAUUUUGCUCUUUGUCACGCUUGUUCUGAUCCUAAUGUUUUGGAAAACCAGAAUCAAGCCAGUUUUGUGGCCAAAACUUCCGGAUCAUAAAAAAACUUUGGAGCAACUGUGCAAGAAGCCAAAAAAGAAUUUUGAUAUAAGCUUUAACCCGGAAAGUUUUGGGUAUGUUCAUAUUCAUAAAGUGGAUGGCAUUCAAGCCAAAGCAGAAGUGGAAUGUUUUCUACAGCCAUCAGCUCCUCUAGAUGCAGAUGUUUCAGAAAAAGUUUGCAAUGGAUCAGAUAUGAAGACGAGCCUCUCUGCUGUAGACAAAAGCAUCCUAAAGCUUCCUGUGACUUAUGGAGGAAUUUGGCCAUCUGACACGUUGAGUGGGCACUUAUGUGAGACUCACCUUUCCAUGUUAAAUGAAUCCAGCAAUGGCAUCCCCUAUAAAGUGUGCAGUAGCAAUGGUACACAACUAUAUAAUUGUGGUCCUAUGACCCAUUCCAGCUCUUCGGAGGACCCCACUGUUCAGCCCAGAUCAGGACCCCUAAAUACCAACACAGUGUCCCUAAUACAGCCCAAUAAUGGAAUUAGGUCAUCAAAUAAAGACGAAGCAUAUGUCACAAUGUCCAGCUUUUGCAAAAAUCAGUAAACCUCAAAAACCAUAGGAACAUAGGAUUUGCUGUAACAGAGCAGACUAUUGGUCCUUCUUGUUUGGGUCUCCUGCCUCUUGCUGGUUGAUUCAGUGAAUAAUAAAUUCAGUGAUAAUGUACCUAUCCCCAUUUUGCAAUGCUGUAAUCAAUGGGGAUGGAUUUUUCUUGGCCUCCAAGGACAGUGGACCAAAUUCCAUUCUCAAUUACAUCAGUGCCAAUGUGGAGUAAAUCCAGUGUAACUGAAAACAAAGUUAGUUCAAUCGGUUUAAGACCUUAAUCAUGGGUGGUAAUUAACCUAUAACAAUAACAAACUAUUAAAUUGCACUUCUCUACUGCCCUCUAUCUAAGCAUCGGUGAGUGCUUCAGAUUCGUUAACGCUCCUAUCGCCAUCUCAGUUUACACAGCUACAGAUUUUGUUAAUGGUCAUAAAAUCCCUAUCAUGAAACAUGGCUGCAAAGUCUAGAUAGGUUAAGUAGAUUCUGAUCUCACUUAAACUGGGGUGAAUGAAUCCGGAGUAACUUGGCUGAAGUUAGUGGCACUAUACCAGGUGUUAAAAAACAGAAUAAGUGAGAUCAGAAUCAGCUUGUAUUAGUUUGGGAUUCAGGAUCUGAGACUGGUAACUCAUUCCCCAUCAAGCACUCAACUCCCAGGGGAAAGAGUGCUCACACAGCAUCUCCUGCUAAUGAGUGCUGAUACACUCCCAAGAUAGCAGCACCCAUCCUACCACAGCAAGGGCUGUGCUGAUGCACGGCAUGUGAGACUGUGUACAAUAAUGAGUAAAAAUAGAUGUCUUGGUGCUCAAAGGCUGCAAAUAGAUCAGCUAAGCCUGCAGCUUGUGUGUGUAAGAGGAUAGAAGGUGGAAGCAGAAGGCCGGAGGGAACCAGGGCCAACAAAUGUAAACAGUUUCAUAGUGGUUUUAUGUAGGGAUGGGACCCCAACAACCUCCCCUGGACACUGGGAAAGUUCAGACCCAGAGCCAAAUUUAGCAACUCAGGCCCAGAUGCCAGUUUGCUGUAUUUUCUGUCUUCAUUACUACUGCAUCAACAGUUUUUAUUGGACAAAACAAUGGGCCAAAUCUGCAGCUAGUGUAAAUUGGCUUAGCUCUGUUAACUUCCAAGGAUCAAUGCUGAUUCGCACCCGCUGAGGGUGUGGCUUAUUGCUCCAUGCCUAGGAGAUAAAAAGGUACCUGGGGAUCUGGUCCCUAGGGCCAAUUAAAACACAACUACAAAAGAUGCAACAUUUCAGCGCAACCAAGUCACUGUCCUAUUUUUUAACAAUCUAAACAGAAAAAUACAUGUAAAAACAGAGUAGUACAAAUACAGCAUUAAGAAAAACACAUGGCAAGAUAUUAAAGGGGUGAUUCUCAGCUAUGUUUAUGUUGAUCAGCAUUGAUUGUACAUUAAAAUGUGGGGCCAGAUCCUCAGCUGGUAUAAAUAGGCAUAGCUCCCUUGAGGUGCAUAGGUGACAUGCGUGACACCUUUUUUCUCUGCCUUCUCACGCAUACAUUAGUGUGGCCUGUGAGUAUUUCCCAGGGCAUUCGUUUUGUCCUGGGUACCUGACAUAUCCUUAUUUUUUCAUUAUCACCAGUCAUUGUGGGUAAGAGUGAGUCAAUAGAUUUUGUGCCUGGGCUGGCAAAUUUUCCUGACUACUUUGCAAAGCUGGUACCACUGUAAGAUCCAUUUUCUUGUAAAUUGCCCAGUAACAAUGUCAGAGGAGUGCUCAGCUUUCUCCACUAAGGGGAAACCUUGCCCCGCCCCCUCUUCUUACUCCACAGCUCCAUGGGGUUCCUUAUAUUCUGUCACCAAGGGAUGGUUGAUCCACAACGUAGUUCCACUGACCUGGCCAUUACCCAUUGGGGACCAGGUGCACAUGGGAGUUGCAGAAGCUGCUACAGCCUCAUGGUUGCAUGACAGCCAAGGAAUAUGGCCUGAAGAGAGAAAAGCUGCUUUGCUGUGCUCUAGGCUAAAGGUUUGCCCCUUUGUGAGGUAUCAUAUCCUCUAGCUGCUUUAAAUUCCCCUUUCGGGAGUGAUGGCCUGAUUAGUGCAAUAAUAAGUAACCUCUUCAGGCUGUUUACUUUUUAAAUAUUAAAUACCAUGGGAAGGACUAAACAAAAAUCUGCCUUUUAUCCUUUUCUCAGAUUAAAUUAAAGAAAAAGAAAAGCGGUUAUUGUUCCACUCCAGCGAUGCCAGAUUCUAGACAUUUAUGUUUAAUUUGACCUGAUGGUCCUGAUUCUGCUUUUCUUCCAAUACAAAUCAGGAUAAUUCCAUGGAAGUAAAUGGGCUAGAACCUUUUGGUCUGGGUGAGUCAUGCUUAGCACAGAACCACAGGGAUAGAAACUGUGACUCCAAGCUGCAUGGCUGCUCUAACUUGCACUGGCUAGUCACAGCCCCUGAGAGGCUAUUACAUUAGCCAGGGACGGCUGGAGCACAACAGCACUCCAGUAAUGAACCCCGUCUUCCCACCCAUGCCCUGUAACAACCCCGCACUGUGGGAAACUUCAGCCAGGCACAGCUUUAUGGUCUGUUUACUCAAAAGGGCCAAGGAUGUGGACCGAAGUAGUCAGUGUAUUACAGUAUUUUUUUAUGACUGUUUAGCACAUAGUAGUAAGAUGAUAUAGUCUGAUAAAACUGAACUAAGCACUGGACUUUAAUUCCUUUGCUUUAUAAUGCUUCUAUUUCAUAAAAACAGCUGCUAAUGCUUAAAAUAUGCAGACUUGCACAGUGCAAAUCUAGAUGCAAACAGAUUGAGUCAGGAAGCUAUUCUGUUCUUUUACCACAUUACCAAACAUGAAAAAGAAUGCCAUAUAAAAUAAUAGAUUAAAAUAAGUAUAACACGACUUACUUACAUACAAACUCACACAUACACAGUGUUAAAAAGUAAAAGGAUUAUAUAAGCAUCUAUCUGCAAUUUUAAACAAUAAUGCACGUAUGAAAGAAUAGUCUUACUAUUCAUACUAGAAAACCAUGUUGCUAUUUUAUACUGUAAGAGUGGAUUAUUGUAAACAUUAACCACUACUCUACUUAACAGCAAAUUCUCGUACAUACCUUCCAUAUGCAUUAGAUAUAUUUUUUGCAUAGCUGCUAAUGUCUGAGUACUAUCAUAUUUCUGUCUUAUUUAAUGAAAUAACAUGUAAACCUGUUUUGUAAUGAUUUAGCAUAUUAAAAGGAUGUCUAUUUGCAUUAUA